CUCCAUCCCUUGACUCGUAGUCUCUUCUCCCUUGACUGAGGCAAAGGACUACUUAUCUCUCUUUUCAGCCAUUCCUUUCAUAUAUAUGCCCUUUUGGCCUUUCGUUUCAAAGUUUCCGAAAAACCCUGUUUAUUCAAAGUACAUCAAGUCGAAGUUCAUAGCUAGAGAGUAGUCACAUUUCCAUUUCGUAUUUCCCUGAUAAGCUUUUCGUCACAGCUAAGGGCGUGGAAUGGCAUCGAACAACUCAUCAUGGACCGCGAGGCAGAACAAGCUGUUCGAGGAGGCUCUGGCCUUAUACGACGAGCACAUCCCAGAUCGCUGGCAGAAAGUCGCCCGGGCUGUUGGGAGUUCAGUCGAGGAAGUGAAGAGGCAGUACGAGAUCCUCGAGAAGGAUGUGCGCGAGAUAGAGUCGGGCAAAGUCCCUUUUCCAAACUACCGAUGAACCGAUCAAGAUCAGUGGAAAUGCGGAAUCUUUGGAGGACCAGCCGAAUCAAAGGUGGAGAAUCUUACCAUUUUCUCAAGGCAACGAUGAAAAUGGAAGCUUAUCAAAAUGUAAAUAAUAUCCUCGAACGCGUGGUUUGAACUGUGUGCACUGUGAUGUUGCCCUAAUAUAUGUAUGUCUUUAUAUGUUUCUCCUUC